AUUUUUAGUUUUACCAAGAAAAAAAAAGAACUUCAAAAAUCUUUCUUUUUCUCCAUUAACCAUGACACUUUAUUCUGUUCAAAAUGCUUUGAUGUUACCAUUGCCAAUAACGAGGUGAAGCUUUCUUUGCUUUGUUGUCCCUUUCUUUCCCAUUUCUCUCUCUAGACUCUUUCUCUCUCUAUCUUUAGAUUUCUACUAGUAAUCUAAUGGCGGCAUUGUCUUGUUUUAACCCCCAUUAGAAUCACAUCAAGUUCUUCUUAUUAGUAGAAUAGUAGUUAUUACUUACUUCUACGCAUUAAAGUAGUGAAUGCUGAAUUGCCCAUCUCUCUCUUUCAUUGUCUUUCUCUCUCUAACAACAAGUUUUAAUACUUGAGGGCCGUUGUGGUUUAAAUUUCUUGGGGCCUUAUUUUUUGGCCUUCUUUUUCAAUACAGUUAAGACAUAAUUAAAACCCAGAUUAUCCCUUCUUGUGGAAGGAGUGGGUUGGUGGGGUAUUGCUGAAAUUAUUAAUGUAUGAAGAAAAAUUGCUGAAACAAUGAGAGAUGGAAAACCCAAGAAAAGCAAGGUUUUUUUCUCCUUUUUUCCUACAAUUUUUUGCAAUUUUGAGGUUAGUUUUUUUGGAUAUUAUGUUAUUAUUGUGUUGAAAUUGAUUAAUAUUUCUGUGGGGAUGAAGCUUUCAUGGUCGAAAUCUCUGAUAAGGAAAUGGUUCAAUAUCAAAAGUAAGUGUGACCAAUAUCGAGCAGAUGAUCUUGCUUAUGGAGGAGGUGAAGUUGAGUGGAGAAGCAGCUUCUCAGAAAGGGAGCCAAGUAAUAUCAAGAAAAGUAAAACAGAGAAAUUCAACAUCAACUCAGAUCGAAUUCGAUGUGGCAGAGAAUAUCUUGAGCAUCCAAGGAUUAUAGAUGUCCAAAAUCAUAGUGUAUUUGUAGCAACAUGGAAUGUUGGUGGGAAAUCUCCACCAAGUAAUAUGAACUUGAAUGAUUGGCUUCAUGCUUCUCCUGCUGCUGAUAUAUAUGUUCUUGGAUUUCAGGAAAUUGUACCUUUAAAUCCAAGCAAUAUAUUAGGAGCUGAAGAUAAUGGUCCCGCCAAGAAAUGGGUCUCCCUAAUAAGAAAAACAUUAAAUAAUCGUCCUGGAAUAUAUGGAAGCAGUGGUAACCAUACACCCUCCCCUGUUCCUAAUCCAAUUGUAGAAAUAAAUGCAGAUUUUGAAGGGUCCAGCAGACAGCGAGCUGCAUCUUUCCUUCCUCGCCGAUCAUUUCAAGCCACGGGUAGUUGGAAGACAGACAACGACCCCGCCACAUCACAGCCUCGCCUUGAGAGACGUUACAGUGUUUGUGACCGAGCCAUUUUUGGUCACAGGCCUAGCAAUUAUAGGGUGAGUGAUUACCGGGCAAGUGAUUUCAGGGCGAGCGAUUAUAGGGCAAGUGAUCAUAGGAGAAGUGAUUCUAGGCCUAGUGAUUAUAGACCAAGUGACUUCAGGCCAAGUGAUUAUAGGCCAAGUGAUUUCUCUAGAUGGGGUUCAUCCGAUGAUGAUUAUGGUCAGGGUGAUUCGCCAAGCACAGUACUCUUCUCACCUACGUCCUGUAGCGGAUCCACUCAAAGUGACAUUUGCUACAGACAGCCUAAGCAAUCAAGAUACUGCUUGGUUGUAAGCAAGCAAAUGGUGGGGAUAUUUCUCACAGUUUGGGUCAGGAAAGAUUUGAGAGAGCAUGUAAGCAAUGUGAAAGUCUCUUGUAUUGGCCGAGGAUUAAUGGGUUACCUUGGAAAUAAGGGCUCAAUAGCGGUCAGUAUGUUAUUGCACCAGACCAGCUUCUGCUUUGUCUGUAGCCAUUUAACCUCAGGACAGAAAGAAGGGGAUGAGCUGCGCCGAAAUGCUGAUGUGAUGGAAAUCCUCAAGAAGACAAGGUUUCCGCGUGUUGGUAGUGUUCCCGAUGAGAAGUCUCCUGAAACUAUUGUUGAGCAUGAUCGAGUCAUUUGGCUUGGGGAUCUGAAUUAUCGCUUAACUCUUCCUUAUCGGUCAGUUAGAUCACUUGUUGAGAUGCGAAAUUGGAAAGCUUUGUUGGAAAGGGACCAGCUUCGCAUUGAACAGAGAAGAGGCCGUGUCUUUGCAGGUUGGAAAGAAGGAAAUAUAUAUUUCCCACCCACGUACAAGUAUUCUCACAACUCUGAUAGAUAUGCAGGGGAUGAUCUGCAUCCAAAUGAGAAAAGACGGACACCAGCCUGGUGUGACCGAAUUAUGUGGUAUGGAAACGGGCUCCACCAAUUAUCUUAUCACCGAGCUGAGUCAAGAUUCUCUGAUCAUAGGCCAGUUUACAGUAUAUUUUGGGCGGAGGUGGAAUCCAUCCCGGCCAGAUUGAGAAGAAGCAUGAGCUGCUCUACCUCCCAGAUUGAAGUUGCUGAUCUCUUGCCUUAUUCACAUGGAUACACUGAACUUUGCUUUUUUUAAGGAGUCAAACGUUCGUUUCCUUUCCACUUGUGAACACUCCCUAAGACCAAAAACAAGAGACAAGAGACAAGAGACAAUGCUAUUCUAUUUUUUAUCGAACCGUCUAUUCUCGCUGACACCGGAUGAUCAAGCUCAGACCCAACUCCAUUAUUGUCAUUCACAACAAUUUGUGUUGCAGGAGUUUUUACUGGUUUCCAUUGACAUAUCUGAGAAAACGAUCCUAUUUGCAGGCGGAAAUAGCUUAGAGCGAGCAUAAGAUGGUGACAUUUCUUUGCUCAAUCUUCAAGAAAGGUGUAAACUCUGCAAAUUUUGAUGCUUGAAUAAUUUUGCUAACUCAACUCAACGACUCCAACUGGACAUUAGCAUAGGAUAACAUCAUCCGCACAGUUCUAACUAUAACCCAAGCCGGACGGACAACUACUUUUUGCUGACAUACAUAAUCAUUUAGGUUAUUUUUGUAAGCAUUGAUUCUGGUAGUGGUAGUGAAAGUGAUGCAAAAGCAAUACUCCUACAAAAAUACUUCAUGUAGCUAAUGAGUGAUUAAUACAAGUUAAUGAUAGAGAUUUGGUGUUUUAUGAAAUUAGGUACUGCGACUAUAGAGUAUACUGUGUGUUUUGUUAGCUACUAGUCUGUGUACUUUUCAAAUUAUACUAAUAGUGACAUGUUAUAAGGGUAUUUCAGUAGAAA